AUGCGCAAGCUUGCAGCAGAGCCGCUGCCACCAGAUUCGCAGUGCCCGAAAGGCUAUGUCGUGGGCGCGGCAUGGGUGGAAAGAGCUGUGCGCUUUGCCGACCUUCGGGAAGAAUUUCGCUGCGGCAAGGAGUGCGAUGGUCCUGGCAAUGAUCUACGGCAUGUGGACUCCUGCACAUUCAGCCGUGAGUCCCGGAUUGGGUCAGCCAGCGGUACCUUUCAAGCGUUGAGCCCGCACGCCGGCGGACCCAUUUGCAACAUACUCUCCGCUGCGCUGCGCCUGAAGACACCCGUGCCCUGUGCUGGUGAGAUUGGCUGCUGGCGCCUGCCCGAGUCUGUUCGGGAGAAAGUGGCUGCACAGCUGGAUGGCAUAGACAUCAAGCUUUUUCGCGAGGCCAAGGAGUCGCUGCCUCGACCUUGGCCUCUCUCCUGGGACCCCACGCUGCCUCGGGAGGCAGUGCGCUGGCACCGAGACAUGCUGCCAGAGCGUGGAACAAGCAAGGGAAAGAGCGGACAGCCAAAUUUGCCCGCUGACGGAGGGACAUCAAAGAGCUCAACGCUACGGGACUUCUUCCGGACGCAGGCUAAAGAGGCGCCGGCCCAAGAAAGUGGCGGGAAUGUGAAGAGGGCGAAGAGGCAGGCGACAUUGUCCCAAACAGUUGACCGACAGCCAGGCUGCUCCAUCGUCACUAUUGACCUUGACAGUCCGGAGCCCGCGUGUCAGCAGGGA